ACGAAAACAAUCGCCACUCUGUGUUUUUUAGCUGCUCCAAGAGGACGCGAUUUUCCCUCGGUCGGCGUUUUUCGGCUACAAAAAAACAGUAUAGCGGAUAGAAAUACGGAGUUUGCAAUGCGGAAAGCUCAAUAAAAAGCAAUCGCUUAUUGAAAAAAAUUAAAUCGUCCCUAGUUCCAUUUCAAAAUUCGACGACACGAAAAAUAACGCGGACGGAGAACGCAGCGCAAAGCGAAAUUCGUCGGGCUCGCGAGAAAAAAGAACAAAAAGCCAGUGUCUGCGUGUGCGUGAGUGAAAAAACGCGAAAAGAAAGAAAAGGAGCCAUGGCGAGUGUUUUUUUAUAACCAAAUUUCCACAACACUUUCCACAUAAUCGUAAAUGAAGCAAAAAAAUUCUCUUUUAAUUUGGAAUAAUUGUAUUUGUCUUGAAAUAAUAUACUGUAAAUAUAUCUUCUUCGUAUAAAAUUUUACUCAAAAAAAAGUAUUAAACUAUUGAAAUUAAAUUAAAUUUCAAAGGGGUCGCUUGAAAUUCCCUAGUUAUUCGCCACGUUUUGUCGGGAGUUGAAAGAAAAGGCGAAAGAAGCCCAAAUGCCAGCCAACUGAGUGCAAGGGAGACAGCCGAUUACGCCAGAGCGGGAUAGCAUGCGCCAAUGAAAACGUCCCACCAUCCAAAAGCGUCCGAUUUCGUUGACUACGCCGUUGCCGGGGGCGGGGGAUCCGGAUUCUGUCCGGGAUUAGGAGCGGGACUAUCAGUCAGGGCGACGUCCUUCUACGGCGAUCUAGCGGUAACGGCAACUGCGGACGGGACGCGUCACCAGCAGCAGCAACAACAGCAACAACAACACCCGCUGCGGCAUCCAGCAACAUCGACCUCGUCGGCAGCAGCAACAUCAUCAUCAUCUGCAGCAGCAACCAGCAAGCGAAAACGUCAGACAGAUUGUGAUUGCGGCUGCGUGGACUCAUACAAUUCCAGCCACGGCCCGCCAGCGCAGCAGGACUCGUCAGCAGCAGCGGGAGCAGGAUCUGGAGGAUCGGGAGCGGGAGCAGGAUCGGGAUCAGACGGAGCAGGGCCCAUCAACAGCCUCAAGACGGCGCACACAAAGGUCGCGAUCGGGGGUCAUGCCAACACGCAGCCCCCCAGCAAAAGGUCAAGUAGUGGCGCCGAUGGCGACUACCAGCUGGUGCAGCACGAGGUGCUCUACUCGCUAUCGGCGGAGUAUGAGGUCCUGGAGUUCUUGGGCCGCGGCACCUUUGGCCAGGUGGUCAAGUGCUGGAAGCGCGGCACGUCCGAGAUCGUGGCCAUCAAGAUCCUGAAGAACCACCCCUCGUAUGCGCGGCAAGGACAGAUCGAGGUCUCGAUCCUCUCGCGACUCAGCCAGGAGAAUGCCGACGAGUUCAACUUUGUGCGGGCCUUCGAGUGCUUCCAGCACAAGAACCACACCUGCCUGGUCUUUGAGAUGCUGGAGCAGAACCUUUACGAUUUCCUCAAGCAGAACAAGUUCUCGCCGCUGCCCCUCAAAUACAUAAGGCCCAUUUUGGAGCAGGUAUUGACUGCCCUGUUGAAGCUGAAACAACUGGGCCUGAUCCAUGCCGAUCUGAAGCCGGAGAACAUCAUGCUGGUGGACCCAGUGCGUCAGCCCUACCGCGUCAAGGUGAUCGACUUUGGCAGCGCCUCGCAUGUGAGCAAGACGGUGUGCAACACGUACCUGCAGUCGCGCUACUACCGUGCCCCCGAGAUCAUCCUGGGCCUGCCCUUCUGCGAGGCGAUCGACAUGUGGUCACUGGGCUGCGUGGUGGCCGAACUCUUCCUCGGCUGGCCGCUUUACCCGGGCAGCUCAGAGUUCGACCAGAUCCGCUACAUCUCGCAGACGCAGGGCCUGCCCACGGAGCACAUGCUGAACAGCGCCUCAAAGACCUCCAAGUUCUUCUACCGCGACGUGGACUCCACGUACCCCUUCUGGCGGCUGAAGACCACCGAGGAGCACGAGGCGGAGACGAACACCAAGAGCAAGGAGGCGCGCAAGUACAUCUUCAAUUGCCUCGACGACAUCGGACAGGUGAAUGUGCCCACCGAUCUGGAGGGUGGCCAGUUGCUGGCGGAGAAGACGGACCGUCGGGAGUUUAUAGAUCUGCUGAAGCGCAUGCUGACCAUCGACCAAGAGCGGCGACUCACGCCCGCCGAGGCGUUGAACCACUCGUUUACGCGUCUGACCCAUCUGGUGGACUAUGUCUACUGCAACAAUGUGAAGGCAUCCGUACAGAUGAUGGAGGUGUGCCGCAGAGGCGACUUCCACACAGUACAACCCGCGUCGACGCUGGUGACCAACUUCGUUCCCUCGAGCACGGAGAACAUGACGUUCACGAUCAACAACCAGCUGACCAGCCAGGUGCAACGUCUCGUGCGCGACGGUCGUCCGCUGGCCUACGAGGGACUGUACCAGAUCUACAACGGACGCAGUGUGGCCCGGCAGUAUCCGCCGGCGCGGAACGACAGCUUCCAGCACCAGCUGGUGUCGAACAUCCUGUGCCCGCCCUCCUACCAAACGAUGCCCAGUCCCACCAAGCACGUGGUGGUGGGCAGUGCCACCAUGCAGCCCCCGCUGCAGGUGCCGCCGCAGCAGUACGUCAACGUGCCCGUGCCAGUGUCCAUGGUGGAGCCCACUUCUGGCCAGAGGAUGGUCCUAACGAAUCGGGUGCAGGCCAGCGGAGUUGCCUGGCCGCAGACAGGCAGGCAGAUGGCCUUGGUGCCGUCGUGGCCCCAGCAGGCGCCCGCCCAUUCGCUUAUCGUGGACUCGACGCCGCUUUUCAAUGUGGAGGAGAUCUAUCCCAAGCACCACCUCAACUUGCCACGCAACGAUCUCAAGAAGGAGUCGCCGGCUCAUCAUAUAGCCAAGGGCAACUCUUACCGCGUGCCGCGCCACGAGAAAAAGGAGCACCAGCAGCUGUCGCCGGUGAAGAAGCGGGUGAAGGAGAGCUCGCCGCCCCACCAGCAGCGGUACCAGCGCACCGCCCACGUCUCGCCGCAGUACCACACGCACCACAACUGCAACUACGGCAAUGGCGGCGGCUACAGCGCCAGUGCGGGAUCGGUGGUGGCCUCCUCGGCUGCCUCCGCUAGCAAUAUUGUGAACGGAAGCUCGUCGAGCUCGCACCACCAUCAUGUGCCCGUGGCCCAUGCCCAACCGUACAGCACCUCCUCGGGUCACCACAUUGUGAGCAACUGCAACGCCAACGGAGGAGUGGGAGGAACAGUGGUCUACCAACAGCCGCCGGCCCACGCCCACCAGACGCAUCCGCAUGCCCAGCAGCCGCAUCCCCAGAAUACGCAGCAUCCGCAGCACGUGAAGCAGCCGACGAUCACCAUCCACGACACGCCCUCGCCCACGGCCGUGAUCACGAUCUCCGACAGCGAGGAUGAGGGCGGCGAGGGUGGAGGAGCCCAGGUGCCGGUGCUAAAGCAGCGGGCGCAUGCCCAGUCGCAGACGAGCAGCAGCCUGCUCCAACACGCGCCCAGCUCGUCCUGCAGCAGGAGCAGUGCCCACCAGCAGCACCCACAUCCACAGCAGCAACAGCAACAGCAGAUCACUUAUGGUGACCACGAUCCGGAGGAUGCCCGCCGUCGUCAUCAUGCUGCCGCCGCAGCCGCCGUGGGAAGUCCCAAGCACCACCAUCAGCACCAGCACCAGCAACAACAGCAGCAGCCUGUCCCGCAGCAGGCUGCUCCUCCGCCGCAGCAGCAGCAACAGCAGCAGUACCAGCCGCAGCCACCACCGCAGCAGGUGCUGCCACAGCCGCAGCCCAGCAUCAAGUACGAGCCCGGCCAGUCGCAGAAGAAGCGCAUCCUGGCCAUGGCCCAGAGCGAGUGCGGCUACCAGCCGCAGGUGCCCAGCCAGCCGCCGGCCUCCGCCAGCUUGCCGCACAUUCCCACCAAGCAGGAGCCGGCCGAGUUCUACCCGGAGUAUGCAGCCGCUCCGCCGCAGCAGCUGGACACGAAGCGCUCGUCCUGGGCUCCCACCUCCUCGGGAGCAGGCGUGGCCGUGCUGCCUUUGGCCCAUCCGAAGCGAGAGGCUCCCUCGGUGGCCCCCAUCAGCUAUGCGGCCUCGGUGGUUCCACCCUUGGCCCACUCCAAGAGCAGCUCGGCCUCCUCAUCCUCGUCGAUCAGCGCGGCGGCAGCAGCAGCGGCUGCUGCUGCUGCAGCGGCGGCGGCCAGCGUGGGUCCUCCAUCGUGGGGUCCUCCGCAGGUCUACCGCCAGCCGUCGCAGCCGCCACCGGGCAGCGUCGGGUUGCCGGGAGCCACGCAACCUCCGCCAUCGACUGUGGCCCCGCACCCACAUCCGCACCACCACAGCCAUGGCCAUCAUCAUCACCAGGCCGGCACACCGCUGGGCGGAUCGCCAUCCUCGACGGCGGCGGCCGCUUUGUUGCAGUCGGACAUAUAUGCGCAGGGCGACAUUUACCGCCGGCCCACGGUGUUUGUUUCCCAGGCGGCGCCGAGCUAUGCCUACGCCAACCGGGCGGUGGUGGCACCACCUCCGGCCCACAACAGCUCCAGUCGUCAGGUGAUUCCAUCACAUCCGCUGCCGGCGCACAUCCAGAUACCCACCCAGUACAGCCAGUUUGGACCGCUCAGUCCUGCACAGGUAGCCGCCAGCAAACAUGCGGCGCACUUCGCGCCCACCAACAUAUGGUAUGGGGCUGAGUAGGCCGACGAAGGGAGGUGACGGGGAGAGGGGCGAUGAGGAGAGACGCGGGACGAGGACGAGGUGCAUCCACCCAGAGCCAUGGGCCAAGAACCAAGACCACCCAACCACACACCGCACACCACCACCACCCACUGUUGUUAUGAUCUUGAGCUAGAGCCCAAUUGAAUGAUUCAACGCUCGAAUCGUUUGCGGCCUCGGGCGAGGCAGUUGACCAUCCGGAGCAAAGCCAAGAGUUGCAGCAACAGCAGUUGCAGCUGACCCAGUGCUGGUGGUUCAUGCUGCUCAUGCAGCAGACCAUCAUCCACAACAACUCCAUGUUGCAGGCUGGCAGCGACGACACAGCAGCAACAACAGGAGCAGGAGCAGCAGCAGCAUCCACAUCCUCAGACACGGCAGCAACACGUAAAGCACGCCGCCAACAUUAGGCUCAUGUCCAAGUCCCCAACCUCAUCGCCAGUUCUCAGUUAGUUUUUUUUUGAGAUCCCGCAGGAUCGCACAUUCAUUGAUUACCAUUUCUGCCACUAUUAAUUUUUAUUAUUUUUUUAAAUAAUAUUAAAAAUAAAUGUACAGCACUCCUACACGCAGCUGGGUGUACAGUGCUCAGGCUAACUUUUUGCAAGUUGUGGUUUUAGGCACAACGCCACACCCGCACACACACUACAGCUAUAGCUUCUAUACCCUCAAACUAUGCUAACUAGAGGCAUAUCAAGAGUGGUCUUUCUUCAAAACAAAAGCGUUUCAUUACUGUGUGUUGUGUGUUUUAUUGAUUACUUCCACAUAAUAUUCUCUAUAAUCCACUUAUAUAUUAUAUACAUGCAUAUGUAACACUAUUAUUACGAAUACUAUAUAUCAACCAGAAAGCAGAAGAAAACUAGAGUUUACGGCACGCCGACAACUGCGACAUUAGGCCAGCGAGCCAGUAAGAGAAAGCUUCGAAAUUCCCUAGCAAGUACCUCAGAAAACCGAAAAGGAAAACGAUAACUUAACAGCAGCAGCAGCAGCAACAAAUGCAACAGCAACCAGAAAAACAAAUAAACAACAUUGUUAUGCAAUUUGCCUUUUACACAAACAAGCAACAAAACAAAAUGAGAAGACGAGACGAUGAAACUGAAGAUGAAGACGCAGGAUUAGAGUUAGACGAGGUUAGUAGAGAACCACAACAAAUUGAAUACCGCAAAAACCUUACUAGCAAACAAAAAGCAAAUAAAAUAGAUUACCCUAGGAGAUAUCAACAAAGAGAACCUAACAAUUACAUAGCUCAUAGAUAUAGUGAAUAACGCGGGACAAGGAGGUUUAAUGGCGAACGUUUUUUACACACUCGUACUCACUCAUAGGAAUAGCCGCGAAAAGAAUUACAAAUACGAUUAACGAUUAACAGAUAACAAUUCUAAAUUAUGUUUAACGAGCAACAACAAAUAAUUAUAGGAACAAGUGUAUAUAAAUGCAUAGAUAUCGAUACUAGAGCUAGCCGGAGCCCAACUAAAAUCCGAUUUUAAAACAAAUCAGCGCUAGUAAGGAACAGUUUCCCGACUGCGAGUUAAGGUUCCAGUUGUCUGGCCAAAUCAGCUAAAAUUGUUGUUCAUCAAUUGUUGAAAUGUUAACUCGCAGUGGAGAAACCGGCCUUAAUCUGCAGUCCGUUUAAUUUUAAAAUAUCACAUUUCUUUUAACCCAUCUGUGUCCCAAAAAAACAAGAUCUGCGUUUUAGUUAUUCUUUCGACUAGGGAAGCGCAUGAGAAGGUUUACUAAAGUACAAAACCAAACAUAAAUAAGAAGCAAUCUAGCAGUUUAGGCUUUUAGCGUUUGCACCCCACUACAACCCCUUGUUUUAGGCUUUUCCCCAGAGAAAAUUUGUAAAUAGAGAAUGCAAUUUUGUACAAACCUGGCUUACUUUAAACACGCCCACUAAAUCCUAUAUAUAAAAUAUAAACUAAAUCUUGUUAAAUAGGUUUCCUAAAGUAUUUCGUAGUUAGAAUUAACUUAACUUGUCGCGUAUAAAAUAACCGAGCAGAAACUAAUUUUUUCGUUCUCCUGGCGACGAUUUCUCAGUUGAGUUAACGUGAUAUUGGGAAAUCGGCACUUGGAGGGUGGCACUUCCUAUAUAAAGAAAUACAUACUGAUACUGAUACAGGUCAGAAGUUAAUUUAACCGGCUAAGGGAGCACCCGCCCCAUCCUCCGCCCCUUCCUAGUUCAGCUGUGUACAGUAGCGAUUUCGGGAUCGGAAUGAAUUAACUCCGAAAGGAAAGGAUCUAGCAUAUAAUUAUUGUGAUGUAGUUUUUAACAAGCGAGCGAAAGUUUUUUGUCAGUCGUCGUCGUCGGCGGCGAAUAGAAAUUACCUAAAAUUAUGAAUAACCAAUUGCGAUACGGAUACGGAAUAUGCAUCUAUAUGUUAACUAAUUAGUGUGCAGGAUUCAAUAGCAUUAGCACGACAACAAAUCGUUUUUUUAACCAAGUAAACAACAACUUUUUAACAACCGAGAAAUAACACUUUUUGUAGUAGGAGAAGGAUGGGAAUAUAGCAUGCAUAAGCGUAAUUAAGAAACGUUAGUGUUGUGAAUAUAUACGAGUAAAUGCAAAAAACAAAAAAUUAUCGAUAUAUUUUGUGUAUAAACAAUAACGGCAACCAGCAGCUAACAAUUGUAAUAAACAAUAAGCGAAAAACACAGCUCGGCAGAUUUAAGAUUCUUGUUUAAAGUCGAGAGAACCUUAUCUAGAUAAUAGAAAUAGAUGUAUUCAACAAGUUCUUUUUUUAUAGAAAUUUUAUGGACCAUUCAACUAAAAUAUAUAUAGUUAAAUAAGCAUGGAUAUUGAAUAAAAAAACAGCUGUGUGACCGUGUAGUAUGUCAGCGGAAAAGUUGAGAUCUGUGUUUCCGAUUUGCGUUUCUUGUCCUGCACCCACUCAGUGUGCAAAUUUAUAUUAUAAACGAAUAUGCUAAAUAUCUGCGACGGCAGAGGAACUUUUCUUCACUUUCUACUCAAUGUUUAGGAGCAUCAAAAAGAAAGCAAAAUCGAAAAAAAAAAACAAGAAAACAAAUCAAGAACGCUUUAAAUGUAACAAAAACGAAACGUUAAUAGACUUAUGAAAACAACAAACAAACAAAUUAACUUUAUAUUAAACGACAAAUUAAAUUUAUAUUACAAACAACAAAUUACAUUUAUAUUUAGAAAAAACCGACAAACAAAUUAAACUUAUAUUAAACACUCAAUAAGCAGUCAGCUGGGUCUUGGUCGCUCGCAGACUUUUGUGGCCCACUGUCGGAGGAUUUGUAUUUAAGAGGGAUUCAGAGGUGGCGAUCCACACGAACACUCUAAUAUACGUAUAUAUUUAAAAGAGAAAUGUUUUAACUGUGUAGCCUUAAUAUUUGUACUCGUCGUCCUCUCGACUUCCAACAAACAAAAAAAAUUAUGAUAUACGAUACUAUAGAGCGAUAAAUGCUGAUCGGUGUUUACUACAAUAUUUCAUAUGUACUUGUUUAAUCAUACUGAGGAUGAGUUGCCCUUACUGUACUAUUUUAACCAUUUAAAUUUACUUUUAAUUUACUUUGUUUCUUUGCUUAACUUUGUUUAAUAUAUCAUUAAAUGUAUAACAGAAAAUAGCCACAACAUAAAUCAUAUAUAUUGCUUACUAUUAGCAGAUUUAUAUAUCCUACAAAAUACAGAAAUCGUAAAUAUAUGUAAACAGAUAUCGUA